UGAAUGCAAAGCUUGCUUGCUACCACUCACUCACCUCCCUGGUCCACUCUAUAAUCCCCCUUCUCAUGGAAUGCCCGGCAGAGUCCUUCACGCACUGCACAGUGUCUGCGUGCAAGAAGUUGCCUGCAGCUCGCCCAGUUAGGUGUGAGGAACCAUGUCUCCAUUUCCCAGGGUCAAGGUAGAAGACGCAGUGGCAGCUGGGAGGGCAACCUCUGAAGGCUUCUGUCCCCUCCCGAGAGACCCCUCAGGGACCACCCUCCUGAAGGAGCCCAUCAAAACGCCUCAACAGCCUGCAGCAUGUUCAGCUCAGAGAUGAUCAUCAGCGGCCCAGCUUCAGACUUGAGGUCCAGAAGGAGGCAGCAGGCAGGGGCCCCAGACCCCUGCCCCCCGGCACAAGGCAGCGCCCCCCGGCACAAGACUCUGAGCAUCAGGGACAAGAUCUCCGAGUGGGAAGGGAAAAGGGAGCUGUCCUCUGCCACCACUGAGGCUCACCCGCCGCUCUUUGUGACAGAGAGAAGGGAAGACGUGAGGACUGCGGUGACCAAGGUGUCAAAUGGAGCCAGGAUGGAAUCAGAGAGCCCAGAGGGUGAGCAGAGUCCAGAGGGAGUGAGAGUGGGGCCUCAGAGACUCAGCCAGACAGGCCAGGACCCGGCCACAAACCCAGGCAGAGGCCUCUGGGAGCCCAGGCUUGGCUCGCAGCGCCCACAGAAAGACAGCCUCUCGGUGCUCACGCAGGUCAAGAGGCUCGAGCAGGCCCUCAAGGAUGGCUCAGCAGGCCUGGACCCACAGCUACCGGGGACCUGCUACUCCCCACACUGCCUGCCCUACAAGGCCGACGAGGUGCCCACACUUCCUGAGCAGGGCCUCGGCGUCUGGAGUAGCUCGGAGCCCCGGGGCCCCUACUCGAACCCUGAAGCCAGGGAGCCCAGCCCGGAGCCCCUGGAAGAAAGAAGAAGCUCCAGCUGGAGACCCAGUGACCACGGCCUUGACAGCUGCCCCCCCAAACCCUUCAUCAACCCCUUGCCCAAGCCCCAGAGAACGUUCAAACACGAUGAAGACGACAGGGGCGAGAAGCCUGGCUCUAGGUGGAGGAAGGAGAAGAGGAACCUGCCUCCCCUGCCCUCCCUACCACCCCCACCCCUGCCCGCCUCUCCUCCACCUUCCUCUGUGAACAGAAGGCUCUGGAACGGAAGGCCGAAAGCCAGUGCUGACCACAGAAAGUCGUAUGAGUUUGAAGACCUGCUGCAGUCUUGCUCUGAGAAUGGCAGGGUGGACUGGUACGCACAGACGAAGCUGGGCCUCACACGCACGCUGUCAGAGGAGAACGUCUACGAGGACAUCCUGGACCCGCCCACCAAGGAGAACCCCUACGAGGACGUGGAGCUGCACGGCCGAUGCCUAGGCAAGAAGUGUGUCUUGAACUUUCCUAAUUCUCCCACCUCAUUCAUCCCUGACACAUCUGCCAAGUCCAAACCUACUUUUUUCCGGCAAAAUUCGGAGAGGAGGAAUUUCAAACUGCUGGACACACGGAAGCUGAGUCGUGAUGGAAGUGGGUCCCCAUCCAAAACCAGCCCCCCCUCCACUCCCAGCAGCCCCGACGACACCUUCUUUAACCUCGGAGACCCUCAGAAUGGCAGGAAGAAGAAAAAGAUCCCCAAGCUGGUGCUGCGCAUCAACGCCAUUUACGAGGCCCGAAGGGGCAAGAAACGAGUGAAGAGGUUGUCCCAGUCGGCAGAGAGCAGCUCUGGAAAGGUGACAGACGAGAACAGCGAGUCUGACAGCGACACGGAGGAGAAGCUGAAAGCUCACAGCCGGCGCCUGGUCAAUGUGAAGUCCCGCCUGAAGCAGGCCCCGAGGUUCCCCCCGCUGGACCGGGAGCUCCUGGAGUACCAGGAGCGGCAGCUCUUUGAGUACUUUGUGGUGGUGUCGCUACACAAGAAGCAGGCCGGGGCCUAUGUGCCAGAGCUCACGCAGCAGUUCCCUCUGAAGCUAGAAAGGUCUUUCAAGUUCAUGAGAGAGGCUGAGGACCAGCUGAAGGCCAUCCCCCAGUUCUGCUUCCCCGACGCCAAGGAGUGGACUCCCGUCCAGCAGUUCACCAGUGAAACCUUCUCAUUUGUGCUAACUGGGGAAGACGGAAGCAGAAGGUUCGGGUACUGCCGAAGACUGCUGCCUGGUGGCAAAGGAAAGCGUCUCCCAGAAGUCUACUGCAUCGUGAGCCGCCUGGGGUGCUUCAGCCUCUUUUCCAAGAUCCUGGAUGAGGUGGAGAAGCGAAGGGGCAUCUCUCCGGCUCUGGUCCAGCCCCUCAUGAGGAGCGUCAUGGAGGCCCCCUUCCCCGCCCUGGGCAAAACCAUCGUGGUCAAGAACUUCCUACCGGGGUCAGGAACGGAGGUGAUCGAGCUGUGCCGCCCCCUGGACUCCCGGCUGGAGCAUGUGGACUUCGAGUCUCUCUUCGCCUCCCUCAGCGUCCGCCACCUGCUGUGUGUCUUCGCCUCCCUGCUGCUGGAAAGGAGGGUCAUCUUCAUUGCAGACAAGCUCAGCACACUGUCCACGUGCUGCCACGCUGCAGUGGCCGCCAUCUACCCGUUCGCCUGGCAGCACACCUACAUCCCCGUGCUGCCGCCCGCCAUGAUUGAUAUCGCCUGCUCGCCCACACCCUUCCUCAUCGGGCUGCUCACCAGCUCCCUGCCACUGCUGCUCCAGCUGCCCCUGGAGGAGGUUCUUGUGGUGGACCUUGUCAAUAACCGCUUCCUCCGCCAGAUGGACGACGAGGACUCCAUUCUGCCACGCAAGCUGCAGGUGGCCCUGGAGCAAGUGCUGGAGCAGAGGAACGAGCUGGCCGCGGAGCAGGAUGAGGGGCAAGCAGGCCUCGAGGCCAGCCCCCUGAACGCAGUGGUGUCCGAGGCCUUUGUGCGCUUCUUCGUGGAGAUGGUGGGCCACUACCCGCUGUUCCUGACGCCCGGCGAGCGGGAGGAGCGCACCCUGCAGCGCGAGGCCUUCCGCAAGGCUGUUUCCUCCAAGAGCCUCCGCCGCUUCCUGGAGGUCUUCAUGGAGACGCAGACCUUCCGGGGCUUCAUCCAGGAGCGGGCGCUGCGCAGGCAGGAUGCCAGAGGUCUGUUUGAGGUCCGAGCCCAAGAGUACCUGGAGACACUGCCUAGUGGGGAGCACAGUGGAGUCAACAGGUUCUUGAAAGGACUAGGCAAUAAGAUGAAGUUCCUCCACAAGAAAUAGCCACAAGCGAAACCUCCUCCUGGUGUGACCGACCUCGGGUACAAACAGCCUGGCAGCCAUGCUGGAGACCUAGGUGUGGGGCAAAUGCCAUCACCGCCAGUCCCUCCCUGCAGCCUGGCUCUUCAGAACAGCACUGGCAAGGGGGCCAGAGCCUGGGCACAUCACCACAGUCACACAGACUGUCUAGGGUGUUGGUUUCAAGGUGUUUUUUUUUUUUUUUUCCUAAUCUUAGGUAUUGAAACAAAUGAAUAAAAAGUAUUUGGGUCUGUCAUUUUAACCGUGCCAGGGCUAAGAAACUCUGCCCCUGCCCUGUGUCACUGUCCUUGUUUGGCCUGCCUGGCAAUAAGCUUGAACCCAGGGCAGAAGGAAUUGGAAGGACAGCACUUAGGGACUCGACCAAGGUGCCUCUCUGGGCACCACUAGGAACACGGUGCUUGGUGGGGCCAGCCCUGUGGCAGCACCUGCUGUCACUCAUGCCCCCCACCACCACAGCUUUCAGGGCAUCCUCCUGGGGAAGGGAUUGGCUCACUUGUGGAGAAGGCACAGGCCUUCUGAAGGGGAUCAUGAUAGUCGGCCUCAGAGUUGUCCCUGCUCCCGGGCCACCCUGCGAUGCUACCUGGUGGCCAAACUGCAGACCUGCCUUGCUCAGAGGCCACUGCGUGGGACCCCCAGCCCACCCCCCAGAGGGGACCUCUCCUUAGAGUCUGUAAUGGGUGUUGGGGGUGGGGCACUUGAUUCCUCUGGACCAGAAACUGGGAGGAGUCACAGGGUUGGAGGGGGAAUAGCUUUUGGGGUCUGUUCUAGGAGGGAAUCCUUGGGGAGUCAGCCGUAGAGUCACUACUGGGACCCUUCCCCACCUGUCUACCCCAAUGCCAGCCCCCCUUGGGUGGCACCAGCAGAAGCACAUAGAGGGAUGGUGCGCUCUGACCUUGGCAGUGGCUUGGGGGCCAGUGUUGCCUAUGGACGUGGAAGGAAAGGCUUGAGGUUCCUUAAGUGGCAGGAGAGAGACUCCACAGGCAAAAGUGGCCUGGGGUGGGGGGCUGUGAGGCUGGGGUGGGGAGCAGGCAGGAGGAGGGCCUCUGAGUGCAGGGGCUCAGGAAUGUGCCCCUCACACACCAGGUGUGUCAGCUAUAUUCACGCUAAUGUUCUGCAUAUUUUUAUACUGCCCCAAGAUGAUCACGUUUAAUAUUUUGGGAUAUACUUUCUUUUCUAACUUAUUUCAUGUUCUAUUUGUUGACUUAACACUCCAGGUGAAUAAAUAUGCAUUUUUACCUA